ACAUCACGGCGUGUGUGUAGAUCUCCGGAGGGAACUGGAUCAUCUACUUGGACUUCCACUGGAGAGCACAGUCUUCUUCUCUCGAACGACUACAGCACUUUUUAACUUCCCAUCGGGUAUUUUCAUUCACUCUCUACAGACUUGGGAGCCUGCAGGCGCAGCAGCGGCGGCAGAAAGUGUUGGACAUCCCGGCGUGUGUGACGAUUUCUGGAAGGAACCGCAAUCAUCUACUUGGACUUCCGCUGGAUAGCUCUGUCAUCUACGGCACUUUAACCUUCCCACGGAGUGUUUGGAUUUACUCACCAUAGGUGACCUGGAACUGGGCGGAUGGGAGGAGAGAAGGAGAACAAAUUGAAAGGGAGCAGAGAGAAAGAGGAUGAGUGAGAUAGCAAGCAACACCCAGGAGAUUCCUCAUACAGAAUGGAAGCCCUCAUCCUGCCACCUUACCAUUUGAAAGGAACAAAGGCAACGUAGCCUCAAGAAGGCCGUGUCAUCUGUGUUUUGCCCUGUGUGGCCGCCCUCUAUUUAUCUCAGUAGGAGUCAUGGUUUUAAUCUGAAUGCAAAAAUAAAUCUUUAAUCCCUCCUCCCCCCAAAGGCCGUCUACUAUUGACAUCUAAUUCAUAACAUUCCAUUGUCAUGGAGAAGACAUAUUCACUAACCGCCCACUAUGAUGAGUUCCAGGAAGUGAAAUAUGGCGGCCGCUAUAGUAGUGACAUCCUCAGUAAUGGCAUGACCCUCCACUUGGGUGGCAGUCUGGACCGACAUAUGGGGCGUGGCAGGGGAGGGACCUGGUCGAAUGGUCGCAACAGAGACGCAAACAACACUAGCAACGGUGGCGGACUCCCUCGAUGGAGCCGGAGGGAGAUUUGCCUCCUCUCGGCUUUGGUCUUUGCAGCGGGCAUGUGUGUGAUUUUGGCAAGCAUGGUGGCACUAAAAUACAUUUCCUUGGAGGCGCAGCAGGACCCACAGUGCAGGCAAGACUGCCAGCGAAGACGCUCACUGCUGCGGGCUGCACGCUUUGUCCAGGCCAAUAUUGACCCUACCAUCCAGCCCUGCCAGGACUUUUACUCCUUCGCCUGUGGAGGCUGGUUGAGGCGUCACGCCAUCCCAGAAGACAAGCUCAGCUAUGGCAUCAUCACAGCUAUCGGAGAGCACAAUGAAGAGAAGCUACAUCGUAUUCUACUGGAGCCCAUUCGGAGGCGUGAGCCCAAUUCGGCAGAGCGCAAGGUCAAGGAAUUCUAUAAAUCUUGCGUCAACAUCCAAGAGAUCGACAAGUUGGGGUCUGACCCUAUGACGGAGGUGAUAGACAGCUGUGGAGGGUGGGAUCUGGUUGGGGCACCCCCUGGUGCUGCUGGCUGGGAGAAAGAGGGUGCCCCACAAAGGCCAGACUUCAAUGAGCUGCUGUACAGGACGCAGGGCGUUUAUAGUACUGCUGUCUUCUUCUCGCUCACUGUCAAUGUGGAUGACAAAAACUCCUCUCAGAACGCCAUCAGGAUUGAUCAGGAGGAACUCACACUGCGUGAUAGGAGCCUCUACUUGAGUGAGGAUGAGGACAGUGUGAAGAUCUUGGCGGCAUACAAGGCCUUGAUGGAGCGCUUGCUGAGUAUGCUGGGAGCUCACAAUGCUACACAAAAGUCCAAGGAGAUUAUACAACUGGAGACCCAUCUUGCCAAUAUCACCGUGUCAGAAUAUGAUGACCAAAGAAAGGACGUCAGCACGAUGUAUAACCGCAUUACACUCAGGCAGCUGCAGCGCAUCGCUCCUGGUCUUCACUGGAAACGCUUACUGGAUAGAAUCUUCCAUGACAACUUCUCUGAAGAUGAAGAGAUUGUGGUGCUCGCCACCGAUUACAUAGAAAAAGUGUCUGACAUCAUCAAGACCACAUCAAAAAGGGUUCUCCACAACUACAUGUUGUGGCGCAUUGUGGCAGAGCUAAGUGAACAUCUGUCCACCGCCUUCAGAAGCACCAUUCAUGAGUUUUCUCGGGAAAUUAAUGGCACUGAGCAGCAGCUUGAGCUUGGCAGACUGUGUCUCACACAGGCCAACAAACACUUUGGCAUGGCCCUGGGAGCUCUCUUUGUCCAGGAGCACUUUUCAUCACAGAGCAAGGCAAAGGUGCAAGAGCUGGUGGAAGACAUAAAGCACGCCCUGGACCUCCGGCUGCAGGAGCUUGACUGGAUGGAUGAAGUCACCAAGGAGGCGGCCAGAGCAAAGCUGAAGUACAUGAUGGUCAUGACAGGAUACCCGGACUUCCUGCUAAAACCUGAGCUCAUAGAUCGAGAAUACGGGUUCGAUGUGGAUGAGAAAACCUACUUCAAGAACAUCCUCAAUAGCAUUAAGUUCAACAUUAACCUCUCAGUCAAGAAGAUUCAUGAAGAAGUGGACAAGACAGCGUGGCUUCUCCCCCCGCAGGCCCUAAAUGCAUACUACCUUCCUAACAAGAACCAAAUGGUUUUCCCAGCCGGCAUCCUUCAACCUACUUUGUACAACCCUGAGUUCCCACAAUCUUUGAAUUAUGGCGGAAUAGGAGCAAUCAUUGGCCAUGAACUGACACAUGGAUAUGACGACUGGGGAGGCCAGUACGAUCGCCACGGCAACCUCAAACAGUGGUGGACCGAGGACAGUUACAGAAAGUUCCAGAAGAAGGCCGAAUGUAUUGUUAAGCUUUACAACAAUUUCACAGUUUACAAUCAGAGGGUGAAUGGUCGUCUGACACUGGGGGAGAACAUAGCUGACAUGGGCGGACUCAAGCUGUCAUACUACGCAUAUCAGAAGUGGGUGAGGGAACACGGCCCUGAGAGGCCCCUCCCAGGCCUCAAAUACACACACGAACAGCUCUUCUUCAUUGCCUUUGCACAGAACUGGUGUAUGAAAAGAAGAUCUCAGUCAAUCUACUGGCAGUUGUUAAACGAUAAACAUGCACCAGAACAUUACAGAGUGAUUGGCAGCGUUUCCCAGUUCAAUGAGUUUGCCCGUGUUUACCAUUGUGGGAAAGGCUCCCCCAUGAACCCUGAUGACAAAUGUUCUGUAUGGUGACAUCACUCCGGAUGCUGAAUCUGCUUCAGUCUGUCCUACAACUCACUUUCAUAAAUCAUAACGUACUCAACCUCACUGGGAACAAAAGUUCACCUUUUGAAAUAAAAAGUAAGAAAAUACGGACUCUCAUCCAUACAAAGCAUUGUCUACUAACCAAGUACAUAUGAUCAACUAUAUAUAUUUUUCUAUGUUUAAAUUUAUUUUCAAAUCAUCUAUUUUUGUAUUACAGCAAGUAUAUGAGGUUAUUUAAUUCAUGAGCUAUUUGGGUUUUUACAUAGGUUCCAAGGACUAACCGUUUUUUUUCAAUAGUUGAUCGUCUGAUACGUCAACCAGGAAAUUCCAAGCAUACCAGAAGUAGAAAGUCUGACAGCAGCUGCGAUUUCAGUCAGUUUGAGGUUUUAAAACAAAAAGGAAUGGUAGCAUUGAUUUUUGUCAAAAAUGUUGCCUCUGUCUUGGUAUUGUGAUUAGGGCUGUUGUAUUGUUUGCCUGCAUUGUUCUCUUGCUAUUGUAUUUGUACUUUUUUAAGAGCCGUCAAGUAUGGGUUUUGUGUUGGGUUUUUGGUUUUUAAGUUUUUCCCUCAGGAAGUUCAAUGCCAAAAGAAGGCUACCUUCCUUAUGUCGGUCACCUCAUCACCUGAUAGCUAAAGAAAAACCACAAAAUGUGGUACAUUGGUACAGGAACCACAAGAUACGCUUUCAUAUAUUUCACAGUUAAUUCCCCAAAUACAGUGGAAACCGUUUAUGUCGACACCCCUGGGACCGACUGACAACUUAAGCGGUUGUUGACAUAACUGAAACCGAAAUGAACCAUUGCUUGCGCAUUUACUUGUGACUUUGGCCAGAGCCAUGAGGAGAACGGGCGACAAUAAAGGAUUUUUGUUAUUUCGCAUUUAUAUUUGGAUUUGUGUGUUUCAUAUGUUAUUUUAUUCUCUAAUCUGCUGUGGUAAUUUUGUUUUUUGUAUGUCUUGACCCCAAUGACGGUAAUGCUUUCAUACAUGCGCAAAUCUUUCUUCCGGUGGCUAACAAGUAGUAAUGGACGAAAACAGAUUUUUUGAUUCAACACGAUACGGAAUUACUGUUGGCAUUUUGUUUUUUAUGCCAAUACUAAUUCCUUUUUUUGCUUUUUUCCCCCGAUACCCAUACCAAUACCAGUUACAUUUUUGGCCUUUUUUUUUUUUAAUACCAUUACCAGUUAAUUUUUUAUUUUUUAUUACGAUACCAAUACCAGUUAAUUUUAUGGCUUUUUUUUUUUCCUUUUGAUACUGAUACAAAGAUCAAUUACUUUUUUGGCUUUUUUUUUUUGGCUUCAAUACCAAAUACUUUUUUGCCAUUUUAAUCCCAAUAAAACACAUGACAAAUGCAGUACUCACUCCUUUAUCGUGGUUAAUUGGUUCCAGACCCAACUGCCAUAAGUUAAUUUCUGUGACGUAUGAUCCCUGAUUUAUAAAAUGGAAUAUUUUCAUAGUUACAGCAUAGAAAACCUGUUUGCAACCAUCUAAAUAUGGCUUUUAACGUUAUUAGAGCCCUCUACACAUGAAACAACACCCCUAUAGUCACCUUUACACUCAUAUUACCCAAUAUAGUCGACAUAAUAAUAGAAAAUAAUGUCAUGCAGAUGAAUGAGACCAUGUCAGGAUGGCUGUAAAUUAGUCAGCCUUAUUUGAAAUAGGCACAGGGCACUCUGUUGUAAAGGCAGAUGCUCAAAACACUGCAUGAACAGUUCAAGACUUCCUAGUUCUCUUCUUCUACAGACUUAUUUCCUAAAAGCUAGCUCUAGCCCAUCAUGCACAACGUCACUGAUCUCUGUAGCCCACACUAAACAGCACAGUACUACAGAAUACCACAUAUCACAUCUGAUGCUACUGGGGGUGGGGGUUGUAGCACAAAAGUGUUGGAAGUUACUCUAAAACACGUCAAAGUGACACAUCCUUUUUUUCCAUUUCUUAAUUAGCAUCGAUACUUCAUGAGCGUGAUCGAUGCUCGUGUGAAUUGAUAAACCCAUCGCUGCUAAUGAUCUAUUUUUAAAAAAUUAAUUAGUGCAUUGUUAGUUGCUGUGGUAGAAUCCAGGUUAAUGCCGCCAUGCUUUUAUUUUGCAGCUUACUUUGAACUGAACAGGAAGUCACUGUGUACGUGUUUUAAUUCUGUUUAAGUACACAAAUAGUUAUGUUGCCGUUCCUGCGUAGCGAUAAUGAUGCAGUUAACAACAUGUCGACGUAAACAGAACCAUUUUUCUUAGAAAUGACCCCUUUGGCGCUCACAUUGUGUGUUGACAAAAGCAGCCGAACACGUAAGCGAGCAUUUUUCAUUUGGGGCUUUUUUGGGGUCCACACAAACAUGUCGACAUAAGGGGGAUCGACUUAAGCGGCCUCCACUGUAAGAAAAUACAAAAGUACGUAUACUAAAGUGACCGUAGGUGGAUGGAGACUUGUGCAUUUGUACAGUGUUAUUUUUAAAACAUGCCUCUGUAUGCAACAUGUGAAUGAGAUGUGCAGGUGGUUUUGAUGAGACAGCAUGUUUCCUUCAAUCGACACAACACGAAGUUCUAACAACUGCCGUACAUGGAUCACUCAAGCAGAACAUGACUGUACAGCUGCUAGCUCACAUGUGGCCGCUAUUGUUUUACUAUCUGUGGUCGCCGUUCAGUGUUUGAAUAAAUACAAACAAAUCCCUGUGUGGGUGGGGGUCAUUAUCAGCGUGUUAGCAGUGUGUGUGCUGACUGGCUUGAUCUUCCACAAUGGUCCAUCUCUGGAUCACCCACCCAAAAGCUGCUGGCUAUUUGAGAAGCACUGGCUUUAUUCGGAUGUAGGAAAGGGUCUAGCUGCUCAGUGCAAUAUCAGUAAUACAAUUCAUUAACUGUCUAUUGCAUGCAAUGUGACAGUUUUAGUAAUAUUGUACACUAAUGCCUUCAAGAUUGACUUAUUGCCGUUCCUUGCAUUUAAUUAUUAUUAUUUAUCUAUCAGGAAAAAAGGAUAGUGAAUGUU